AGCUGGUCCAGCGGGGGCCGCGGAUCUCCCCGGGGAUCAGCCACGUAGCGCAGCACCGUCGACGGGUACAGGAAGUGGCGGUCUGAUUUCCGGACGAGCACGUUCACCGCAUCGACCGACGGCCAGGACUCGGGUAUUGUGCCGGGGGCGCGCGUCGAAGUGAUCUCGCUGAUUCCGGCCCACAGAAACGUGCGGAUGUCCGAUUCGGAGCUGAACAAUUGCAGCGGAAUCCGGUUGGCCAUACCUCUGAAGACGGGCAGAUCGAAUGCCGCCUCGAGAUGUGUACUGGAGCGGCUUGUUAUGAGAAAGCAGAGCGGCAGUCGAUGGACAGCGAGUAGCUCGGCGAUGAGCAUCAGCACCUGCAGCUGGGCGUCGUCUCGCUCACACGCAUCCAAGGCAUCGAUGACGACCA